AUGGCGUCCAAAAACACAGGUAAAAAGCGAAGAGCGCGCAAGCGCACGGUGGGCAAUGUUCGUGUCGCAAAACAGUUCCCCAGCCGAACGCUGAAGCCGUCGGCACGAAGACAGAUCCAUAGGGAGCGCGCACCGCACUUGUGGAUAUGCCCUGGAAUCGAGGAUCCAGUGAAUGCGAGGGAUACCAGUUAUCCGCGUGCCAGCUUGCUGAGCUUACCUUUGGAAAUACGACAGCAGAUAUUGUAUCUGUCGCUGGAUGUGCGGGAUAUGGAAGCCGCGGCGAGAGCAGAACAGGCUACGGGAGAGGAGAAGAAGAGGUGGGAAGCGAGUACGGUGCAGAAGUUGAGGGAUGAGCGGCUUGUGGGUGUGCCAUUUACUCUUUGGGAGAUUAAGAUGCUCAAGUUGUUUUGUCGGGCGACGACGGUGCUGUGCAGUAUCUCACCGAGCGUGCGCGUGGACAUGCGCUGGGUUCGCAAGAGCUUCCGUCGGGAACUUAUUUCGCAUCUUGAUAACAUACAGCUUUCUCGGUACGCUGUGCCAAGCGUACCGACCGCUGCCGCUGGUUCUGCUCUGCUCACAUGUAGUAAGACGGAAAAAGUGGUAGAGGGGAAAAGCAAGAAGAGUUCAAGAGGGGCACGCAGACCACGCAAAUGCUGGGCAUGUAUGCAGAGACAUGUGAAUGAUGAUCCGGUGUGUCCAAUGGAGAGGAAUGAAGGGUUGAGGUGGUUUAUGAUGACGAAGAAGGUGGGAGGUUGGAAGAGAGAGACGCAGGCUGUGAUGGGAAGAAAGCUUGUUUUUGGGGAUUGA